UUCAGUGUUCAAACAUUCCAAGAUGAAAUGACUUAAAACAUUGGAAAUAUCUCAUCAAAAAGAAAACUUUACCUAUGUAAACAUUUGCUAAGAUCUGAACUUCAUUUCAAGUCCGAAAUGAAAAAAAAUACGAAGCUUGACUAACAUUGGAUGCACCAUAAAAACUUUUAUUUCCUGCAAUGAAGUGUUACUGGCUCUGCCAUUUGAAUAUUCUAUUAUUUUUAUGUACUUUGUUUGUGCAAAGCACACUUCACAUAGGAGUUCCGGAAGGUACUUCAAUCACUGAUAAUGAUAACACUGCUGAGAAUACAAAGGUGAUAAUUCAACAAAUAAGAGCUUAUUGGAAAUGUUACGAAACUGUUCGGACAAGGCCUAUGCCGGGUGCAGCGGGGGAUAAAAUUCAUGAUGAUGCAAUAUUUUGCCCCGCUACGUUCGACGGAUGGGGAUGCUGGGAUGCAACAUUUGCAGGAGAAGUUGCCGAAAUUUUUUGCCCAUCCGAAGGAAAUUCAUCAAAGAAGGCGAGGAAAAUCUGCUCGGAGAACGGCUCUUGGGAAAUAAACAGCAAAACAAAAGAAGAAAAGGUGGAUUAUCACGAAUGCAACAUCAAUAUAUCAUCUGGAGAUCCUGACCUUCUUUUUCAAGUUAUUCAAGAACUGACAACUUUAGAAAAAACGCCCUACUCUGAUAUUCAGACUGCUGAAGCUUUUGAACUUUGUCUGGAAACAGUAUUAGCUGCACCAAAACCUAAAGAAGAUUCCAGUUCAUACUGUCCUCGAACAUUUGAUGGUUGGGGUUGCUGGAACGAUACAGCUGCUGGCAAAACAGCAUACAUUCCAUGUCCUCACUUUAUUCCAGGAUUCCUUCCAGAAAGAUCUGCUCACAAGGAGUGCAGUCUUGAUGGUUCGUGGUAUAGACAUCCUGAUACAAAUCGUACAUGGUCUAACUAUACCACUUGUGUGGAUAAGGAAGAUUUAACUUUCCGACAACGCAUUGUAAACAUCUACAUUUCUGGUUAUUCGACUUCAGUCAUUGCACUGCUUAUUUCAUUGGGGAUCUUUUUCUAUUUUCGAUGUGUCCAAUGUACCAGAAUCACCAUUCACAAGAACUUAUUUAUGUCUUUUAUCAUCAACAACAUCAUGUGGAUAAUAUGGUAUACCGAAGUCGUCCAGAAGCCAUCAGUAUUAUUAAGCAAUGAACUACCCUGCCAAAUUCUUCAUGUUUUGGUGCAUUAUUUCUUAGUGUCAAACUACUUAUGGAUGUUUUGUGAAGGUCUUUAUCUACACACUUUGCUUAUUGUGGCAUUCGUAGCCGAAGAUAAACUCUUGAAGUGGUUUUAUUUAUGUGGUUGGGGCAUUCCUCUAGUCAUUCUAAUUGUAUAUGCAAGUGUUAGAAAUAGUUUUCCAGAGGACACAAUGUAUUGUUGGAUUGAAGAAAGUAACUAUUCUUGGAUAAUUUCUGGGCCAGUGUGUAUCUCUAUGUUGUUGAACUUCAUAUUUCUUGUCAAUAUCGUCAGAGUCCUGGUAACCAAGUUGCGAGCUGUUAAUUCGCCCGAUACGCAUCAAACUAGGAAAGCAGUUCGUGCAACCCUAAUUCUUAUUCCAUUAUUGGGUUUGCAUUAUGUCGUUACUCCUUUUCGGCCAGUGCCAAGAUCUCCAGGGGAAGCCAUUUAUGAGACUCUCUCAGCCAUAGUCACAUCAUUCCAGGGUCUCAUGGUAGCCCUACUCUUCUGCUUCUUCAAUGGCGAGGUCAUAGCAUUAAUUCGCAAAAAGUGGAAUCAGGCAUUGCUGAUGCGUGGACGCCGUAUGUCGUAUGCUGCUACGACAGUAUCUGGAACCCCUAGAUCUUCCUCCAAUGGCAAGGCCGUUCCUGCAGCAAAAAGUCUAUUAGCACUUGUGUGAUGUAUCUUCAUCUUCCCCGAUGUCCAUCUAUCUUAAAUCAAAUUUGACAACACCAUCACAACGUAGUCUCUGUGAGACACCACAAGUUGUGCUUCUACCUUGUCAAGACAUUUUACUCCAAAAAGUUCGCCAAUGCCUAUAAGCGAAAAAGAAAGACGCCAAAAGUGGUAUUUUUUUCUUCCUUCUUAUAGUGACAACCAGAAGAGUCCCUGUCAUCUUUUACAAAUAGAAGUUCUUUGUUUUUUGUAAGUCGAUAAUAUCUCCUCGAUUUAUUUUGAGAUUUGCAGAAGCUCAAAACCAGAAUCCAUUCAUAUCUCUUGCCCUUUACAUGGUGAAACAAGGAAUAUAAAUCUGAAAGGCUUUAACGACGAUGUAUAUAGAAAUAAAAUAUAAAAAAAAUUAUUUUGUGAAAAUUAAGUCGGAAUUUUUAGUCAACUUUCCUUAGCAGAAACAGCAUUACUAGUAGAGUACUUUGUGAAUUUAUUUAUUAUAGUGCAUGCUUCAAGUGGUGCAACAAGAUAUUUUCAAUUUUACAGUCAUAAAACUAAAUAUCUGGAGACUUGUAAUUACAAUAAAGAAGUUUUUACUAGUGAAUCUCCAAGUCUUAAAACUAUCAGAUAAAUUAACAUAUUAAAAACUACUACAAUAGUAAAUCUAAAAGCUUGAACUAUGUUUUUUUUAAAUAAAAAUCUUGAAUAUUUCGUUCAAGAAGUUGGAUAAGAAGCGAAAUGAAAUGGAUUGUAAUGGUUGUGUUGUUUUGAAAAUUUGUAAAUUUUUUUACAGUAACGAUGUGUUGCAUUGCUUUGUUUAGCAUGAUUGUUUAAGAGUAUUGUUUUUACGUAAACAUUUAACUCGAUAUAGUUAUCACGCAAUUUUUAUAUCAGACUAAAAUUAUAAUUCGUAAAGAAUAUCUAAAGACUUUUAGUUAUUUUAUGUAUUACUUCAGUCAUUUUCUGAGAUGUAUUAGUUGAAAAUAUUUUUGAAAAAUGACUGAAUACUAGGUGCAUCUAAAAAAAUCGGUGAAUGGAAUGUUAAAAAAAUACUGCAAAAAAUUCUAACAAAUUAUAGGUUCAACUAAAAAAUUUCCCUCACCAGUCGUCUAGAGCACAGUCAGUGACCAUGGUUACGAUAUAAAUUUACGACAUUUGAAGCAAGUUUUGACUCGGGCCUUCGAUAAAAGUACCAAAGCUUCCCGCUUUGUUAUGUGCUUUGUCUUGUUUCUUUAGCAACAGGCAUCCUCACUCUCUAUGGCCAGAGAACUCCCGUUGGUUAGACUGAUAUGUACUUGAUUUUAUAUUUUUUCCUAUCUGAAAACUUACCUCGGACUUGCGCAUGCGUCAGUUCUGUUUCGAUAUUAUCAAAAUAAGGAAGUUAUAAAAAAUGGUGGGUUCUUUAUUUAGCACUACACUGCUCGUACUCACAGUACUUCAAACCGAGCACAGAUGAGCAUAUCACCCUUUUUUGAAGUACGAUCAACCGUAAGUGGUAGUUUUUGCUUUUGACAACGAACAGAAUUCAUCUUCUUUAAAGUAACAUCAGUUAGUCAUAAUACACUUCUGGCGUAGUCGAUUAAGCUGUUAGAAUGAAUAUAUGAAUGCCCAUUUCGAUCAAAUCAUAGGUGUAAAGCUCAAAACUGGAAUAGAUCUUGCAUUUACUAAAUCUGUUUUAAAUCAGUCAGUGUCAAUUUUUCUGAUACCCAUCAGUGACCUUACAACAGCAUCGAACACAUUUAUUUGAUAUCGUCAAGUCGGAACAAAUAUUGAUGGUCGAAUCAAACGUGGUUCAUCAUCGAUGGUUUAUUGUUACAUCGGAGGAAAAUUGCAAUUCAGCGUAAACGCAUUUUUUGUUUGAAGCAUAUCUUUCAUAGACCAACAUUGCACGAGUUUCUAAAGCCAUUUGCCGAAUUUGUCACCAAACGUGGUAUUUAUGCGUUUUUUUUUUCAUUUCAAUUUGAUGCAAAAUUGCACACGCAUGGUGUUCGACUCUCUAUUGCAAACUUAUUUGCAUCAGUUUUUUCAUCAAAUAUUUCUCUUUAUGUACAAGUGGCCAUGUUUUUCACUCCAGUUGCUUUAAAAAUAUCCACCCAUUCACCGAAUUUUUGUGGCACACUUUGUAUUUUUAGACAUAAUCACUUCAGAUCACUUCAGUUUAAGUUUUAAAAAGAAAUUAUAUUUCCUUAAAUAUCGUUUUUAAAAAAUAAAUAUUAUUAGAAAAAAAAAUGUAAAUCGAUCACUUGUAUUAAACAUUUUAGUUUUUAAAUAAAUUGAUAAAUCAGAAGAUAUAUGCUGUAUUUAAACAUAUUCAUUGUUUAUGAACAUUCUUGAUAUAUAUAUUGUCAUUGUAUUAUUUCAUUAAAUGUUGUAAAAUUUUUAUUAAAUUCGCUGCAUCUAAAUAUUUGUUCGUGUGAUUAGAGACGUAACCUAAUAUUUUCUAGAUCCAAAUACCCGGAAAUCAAAAAGUUUAAUUUAUUGCUUGGUUGAUCCAAGUACGUAGUACGCAGUGGAAAUUUAAUUUAUUACGUGGUUGAUCCUAGUAACCGGUACUUUAAUUUAUUUCGAGGUAGAUUCUGGUAUGCUUUUCGAUCUUCGAAUAUAUGAGGCCAGUUUACUUCUGUAAAAUAUUAUUUACUCAAAGUUUAUUAACUCGCGAAAUUUAUGACUAGUAUUCUUAAGCAUAAACGUGUUAUAUAGUGCUGGGUAGUAGAGUCACGAUGCGUAUUGUCUCGAUGAGCAUUGCCUAUACGAAUCACGUGAUUUCCGGGUAUUUGGUACACUUUUUGUGAAGUGUAAAAAGUUGUGUAAUAAUUUCUGUAAUUUAAAUUCGAUAGUUUUUUUAAGAAUGCAUAUCUCUCUUUUGAAUAUUACAAUAAUUCUUUUAAGCUAAAGUUCGGAAAAUCAGUUUCGUUAUGUAUUGCUAACAUUUAAUUGCAUCAUCUUUUAGAAGUACUUUUUUUCCAGCUUAAAUUAACUUAGAACAUGCUUGAAAAAAGAAUUUUAAAAUCAUUUUUAAAGUGGAGUUCUAUCUUUAACUUGGUAUUAGACAACGUAUCAGUGCAUGUGCAUCAGUGCAUCUCCUGUAUCGAAAAUAAGGCUAUCGUAAGGUUUGAGCUAAGUCUUUUCGUUUAAGACUGUCAAUUUUAUUUUUUGGAAAUGCUUCCGGUUGCUUUUUUUCACUUAUUUAUUUGUUAUUCACUUAGGGUGAAUACCGUUUUCAAGAAGGUAAUUACUCUAUGAUAACACGCACAUAAUUCCAACUAUAGAAAAUUUUGUCAUCAUGAAAUUUGGUUUGCAUUUGAAGUAAAAUAGAUUUAUUUAAACAAAAGACUACUUUACAGAAACGUAACAAAUUUUAAAUCAAAUUCAAUACACCAAAUCUCAACUCAGAUAUUAAAAUUAUAAUUGUUUAUUAAUAAAUAGUAAAAUUUCUUUAAUUGGAAAUGUUACCGUUUUGAUAGAAACAUUCUAUGAAUUGUUACCUAUUGGCAUGUACACUGUAAUAAAAAAAUCUGUUAAAUUUACGGGGAAAAAAUCAUUAGCUGAUGAGCCAGUUUACUUCAGAGAAAACUACUGUUAUUAAAAAAUUGGAGCCUGUUUUUAAGCAAAUAAGUACUGUUCUUUUAAAUAAACGUAUACAAACUUAAAAACCAUACAAAAUAACUACAGUUGGUUCGAGCAGAGAGUAGAGAACUCUCAUAACCAGUCAAAGCAUGGAUUCGAACCUGCUAAACCUCAUUGGCAUUCAAGCCCUCUGACACUUAAACAGAUGUUAAACUGUCUUUAUCUUAAAAGUCAUACUUAUAAAAAUUUUAUUUAGGUCCAAAAACGUCUAAAACUAUAUUGACAGACCCUUAUAAAAAUGUCCAACAUUUUAACUUAUCGAAAAAUUACAUCUAAUGAGUAAUAAUAAUUCUGUAGAGUAUCAAUUCGACAAUGAAGUCGAAUCACAAUUUUAUUUAUAUCAUAUUUAAAACCAUAAAAUAAUUUCUUAAAAGUAAGGGAAAAUAUAGAAAAUAAAUUUAAAAUGAUUUGCAAAAAGAUAAAGUUAUCACAUGGUAUGCCAAACUGCAAGGCAAAAAGUAUAAUCUGAAUUUAGUUUCAAUCAGUUUAUGAUUAAGGUGAAAAACAGCUUUAAAUUGUCAAAUGUACGGAGAAAGUCUGUAGAAAAUUGAGAAUUUUUUGCAGCUCGAGUAAUAAUUAAAAACUUAUAUCAGCAUUUAUCUGUAUCACCAGUAUUUUUCUGUAUUUUUUUUCCUCUGUAAAAUUAAUAGUAUUUCAAUACUGAGUAUAAAUUGUUUUAACUGUAUUAAACACUUUAAUGUUCUAUCUCCCAAAAAAAUAAUAGAUACAUAAAAAAUAUUAAUGGAUAAACAAUAAAAAAUUCAUUGAUAAAUGGAAAAAAAUUUAUUCUAAUAAUAUAACCUUUAAAAUUUGUGUUAACUUUAUUUUAAAAAAAACCUUUAAAAUAAUUCAAGUAAAAGAACUUUGUUAGUGAAAUCAUUUUUCUAAUAUUUUCACCCAAUUGUUUUAUUUAAUGUUUUUAAUUUUUCCCAUUAUUCUUUGAGCAAUAAUUGGUUAUUCCUUUGCACGUGUGUCUAUUAUUGUUGUUAGAAUCGAAAUCGAUUCAUUUAUUUUUUUCAAUUUAAUUUUUGAACUUGUUUGAUGUAUAUGGAUGUUGUUCAAAUAAUGAUAAUUAUCAGUGCAAUUUUGUUGAUAAAAAAAUUUCUGUGAAACAGUGUGCUUCAUUGUUUAAAUAUUAUGUUCUCCGUGAUAAUGAGCUUACAGCUUUGUCGUUGUACUAAUAAAGUGUUUUAGCUGUAUAAUAAAGUGUUACAAGGAUCA